AUGGAGAAGUUAGUGCAGACAGAGCAAGGAACUACUCGUGUCCCACGCUCCCCCCGGCACUCCGGUCUCCCCACGGCCCCGCAGCAGAGCCCGUGCUGCCGCCAGCUGCACAAGCAGGGGAGAAACAGGAGCCAAGAGCAGCCGCAGAAGGGGAAGCACAGCCUCCACGCCCGCCACCUGCAGCUGCUGGAGUGGCCGGGCCGGCCGCACGACGCCUUGUCCGUGCCGGGAGAGCCCGGCGAGCGCUACCACCUGAUCCUGCCCUCCUUCUUCCGGCUCCUGGACACGCUGCACCGGAAUGGCCGGGCCUUCGCCGUGGUUUUCAGGACCUUCGGCACCGACCUGCCCCGUGCCCUGCAGGCUGUCAGCAGUGCCCUGGACGGGCAGCACCCCCAGUUCCCCACCUUGCGGGACGUGGCGCUCCCUGUGGAUCUCACCCCUGGCCAGAUCCGCUGCAGCAAGCGGGAGGUGGUGCUGACACGGGGCGCGGAGCGGCUGGCCACCCGGGAAGAUGGAAGAAAACUUUACAACUAUUUCAACUCCUUUGAGGGAAUUGGAGGCUUCCAAGACCACUUUGACUGGUGGGCCAGAAACAAUUUCUGUUCCCGCGGUGGGAAGCCCCUGUGGAUAGACCCCCACGAUCCUGAUGUUCACCACAUCUUCAUCGAUGACAAUAUCCGGCUGGACGAUGCGGACACCAUUGUCCACCCACAGGUGUUCUCGGAGCAGGGCAGCAGCAGCCCCAGGAGUGCACCCACCUCAGAGCUGUACGACGUGUGCCUGGUGCAGACAGACCUGCUGGAGGCCAUUGCUGAUGAGGACUAUUUCCUGCACUGCGUGAGGAGGUGCGAGGAGAACUAUGACCGCUACCUGGCCUGCAUGAAGAAGGACACUCCAAGCCCCCUGCCCACGCCGCGGGCUGGCGCUGCUGCCCUCGCCCUGGGCAAGCAGAUCUUGGUGGUGGGUGGUGUGGAUGCGACGCAGAGCCCUCUCGCCUCAGUUGAGGUCUACCACGUGGAUGAGGGCAAGUGGGAGAAGAAGGCGGCACUGGCUCAGCCCUCCAUGGGCAUCUCAGCUGUGCAGAGAGACGGGGCUGUUUACGCACUGGGGGGAAUGGGUGCGGACACCUCUCCCCAGGCAUUGGUCCGUGUCUAUGAGCCGGCGAAGGACCACUGGCAGCCCCUGCCCUCCAUGCCCACCCCGUGCUAUGGGGCCUCCGCCUUCCUGCAGGGCAACAAGAUCUUCGUCCUGGGGGGCCGGCAGGGCAAGCUGCCCGUCACAGCCUUCGAGGCCUUUGAUCUGGAGACGAGGAGCUGGACACGCUAUCCCAGCGUGCCCAGCCGCCGCGCCUUCGCCGCCUGCGCCAUGGCCGACGGCGUCGUCUUCAGCCUGGGGGGGCUGCAGCAGCCAGGACCACACAACUUCUAUUCCCGUCCCCACUUUGUCAACACCGUGGAGAUGUUCGAUCCCACCCAAGGUGCAUGGAGAAAGCCAAACCGCACCAUCCGCAUGAGGGAGAAGAGAGCCGACUUCGUGGCCGGCUGCCUAGGAGGAAGAGUGGUGGCCGUGGGUGGCCUCGGGAACCAGUCCUACCCACUGGACUCAGUGGAAGGGUUCAACCCCUCACAGAAAAAGUGGGAGCCACUGCCCCCCAUGCCCACGGGCCGCUGCUCCUGCUCCAGCUGCCCGGCACCUGGCCUGCUCUUCCUCAUCGGUGGAGUGGCCCAGGGCCCCAGCAAUGCCGUCGAGGCUCUGUGCCUGCGUGAGGCGCCCUGAGUGGGGCCCUGGGAGCCAGCCCCAGCCAAGCACCAAGUGCCUGAAGACGGGGACAGGGUGUGUGAGCACCCAUGCCUGCGAGUGACCUGGCUCCAGGGAGCUGCAGUCCCAUGACAUUGGACACGGGAGCAGCUGCAGUUUUGGAAAUCCCUCUUGGCUCCUGUAGUGCUGUGGUGAUGGAACCCAGGGCAAACUCCUGCCUGGUGGGACGGCCAUGGCCAGCAGUGUGGAGGGAGCGGCGGCGGCGGGACUGUCGCUGGCCUCACUGCCCUGUCCGGCCCCGGCCGUGCCGCGGCGUGUCCGUGCCGUGUGUGUAGCAGUGAGUGCUGUGUCGUCGUAGACCCAGUCAAUGUCUCAUGUAGCACAGAGGUGCCCUGUAGCUCAGUGCCUGGGAGGUGACGUAGCACCUUGAAUAAAUGAAACACAUGGAAUUUUACCCCACA